UCCUUCUCAUUUACCUUUUCUAGUUCCUCCCAUCUCCCUCAUUGUCUUGUUAUUUUCUCCCUUUUCUCUCCACUCUGAGUGUUGAAAAGUUUCCCUCUUUGGCUUGUUAUUUUGUCCCUUGAUACCCUCUCCCCCAUCGGAAAGUUGCCCCUCUGUGGCUGUUUCUGCCCCCAGGAUUGAAGCAUGAACGCUGGGGCAUUCUCGGGCUCGGGCCCCCUGUCCUGGGCCGUGUACCUGAUGAGGAAGGGCCGGACGGGCGGCGCACUCUUUGACCCCGCCCCCGGCCGGCGGUACACGCCCCCCUCCACCACACUGGCCUCGGGGGGGAAGAUGGCCGAGGCGCUGCCUCUGGGCGCCGCGCAGGACAAUGCCGGAGGGGGGGCUUCGCUGGCGGGGAAACUACGCCUGGCUGAGCGCGGCAUGGUGGAGGUGAUCUCGGACCAUCCAGGUGAGCUGGUGAAGACGGACAGUCCUAACUUCCUGUGCUCCGUGCUGCCGACACACUGGAGGUGCAACAAGACGCUGCCCAUCGCCUUCAAGGUGGUUGCCCUGGGCGACACACCUGAAGGCACCUUGGUAACGGUGAUGGCGGGAAACGAUGAGAACUACUCAGCCGAGCUUCGCAACGCCACGGCCGCCAUCAAGAACCAAGUGGCCAGAUUCAACGACCUGCGCUUUGUCGGCCGCAGCGGACGAGGGAAGAGUUUCACUCUUACCAUCACCGUGUUCACCAACCCUCCUCAGGUGGCCACAUACCAGAGAGCCAUUAAAAUCACCGUAGAUGGUCCGAGAGAGCCACGACGUCACCGUCAGAAGAUGGACGAAGUCAAACCUGGCUCACUGGCCUUCUCAGAGCGGCUAACAGAGCUGGAACAGCUGAGACGGGGCUCGAUGAGGGUGACGCCUCCUCACCACCAUCAUCAUCAUCAUCAACACUCGGCCAACACUCGCCAAUCUGCAGCACUGAACUCUGCCCCCUUCUCCAGCCCGACACACGCUCAGAUAACUGCUGACUCCAGACAGAUGCAGUCGUCUCCGUCCUGGUCCUACGACCAAUCGUAUCCUUACCUUGGCCAGAUAACCACGCCCACCGUCCACACAGCCAAUCCCCUCUCGCCUGGUCGAUCCUCGCUCAGUGACCUGUCCUCACGACUCUCAGGUCCUGAGCUCACAGCGUUUGGCGACCCGAGGAUGACGUUAGAACGACCUUUCCCCUCCCUGCCUGACUCGCGUUUCACCGACCACCGGGUGCACUACCCUCCCACUGCGGCCGCCUUCACUUACACCCCGCCUCACAACGCUGUCUCCAGCGGCGCCCUCGGCAUCACCAUGGCGACGGCCAUGGCGACCACCCCGGCAGGGAGGUACCACACUUACCUGCCUCCUCCGUACCCGACGAACACGCCUCACCAGGCGCAGAGCUUCCAGUCCACGUCCUCGCCAUACCACCUGUACUACUCCACUGCCGCCGGCUCCUACCAGUUCUCUAUGAUGGCCGGGGGCAGCAGCGGCGACUCACGCUCCCCGCCAAGGAUCUUGCCACCAUGCACCAACGCCUCCACAGGCUCCACUCUCCUGCACCCCUCGCUGCCCAAUCAGAACGAAGUAGUCGGUGUGGAGGUGGAGUCCAGCCACAGCAGCUCGCCGACCAACAUGGCCGCAGCUGAAGCUGUCUGGAGACCGUACUGAACACCUAACCCCGGAGACUGUACUGAACACCUAACCCCGGAGACCGUACUGAGCACCUAACCCUGUAGACCGGACUUAACACCUAACCCUGGAGACUGUACUGAACACCUAUUCCUGGAGACCGUACUGAACACCUAACCCUGGAGACCGUACUGAACACCUAACCCCGGAGACCGUACUGAACACCUAACCCCGGAGACCGUACUGAACACCUAACCCCGGAGACCGUACUGAACACCUAACCCUGGAGACCGUACUGAACACCUAACCCUGGACUGAACAUCUAACCAACUGAAACCCAACAGACCAACAGAAACCCAGGAGAACCUCACCGGCCCCGACCUUAACAACCCAACAUGGCGAUCUGUGUAUCAACAGCAGUGAAAGUUGUAGCAAUAUACAGUUUAAUAGCUCUGCUGUCUUAUUUCUGUCUCAUUAAAUCAGUUGUACACACAGUCCUGUCCAACGUCUAUCUGUGGACAUGCUGUUUGUAAGCACAAAAACAGCAUAAUGCGUUGUUAUCAAUGGCUAACAGUGGUUAACCUGGCUAGAGCUAACCCCACCGUGAAAUAACAAUAAUUCUGACUUGAUAAACUGGAAUCCGUAUUCGGGUGUGACGUCAUUCCCAGCUCCGGCUUCUGAAUCCCGAGGUAAAUGUUAUGCAGCAUUAGUCCGUCUCUGGAUACUUUCUGACUUUACUACUCAGCUCUAAUCGCAUUGGUUCCUACUGAAGACAGAAACCUUUAAAAACAGCUCAGAAAUACUGUGUAUAUUGUUUUUAUUAAUAAAAAGGUUGAGUGGUUUCCCCAAAAAGAUGAUGGAAGAUAUAUCAGAUACAGUCAGUGUUGGUUUAUGUCUGCACAUGGGACUUAUAUAUAAGAAAAAUAUUGAAUAUUUACAGAUGUAUCCUUCAAGAGAGAGUCUGGGUGUGUUUCAUACACACCAGUUGUUGUUUGACCUGAGGAGAGAAACCCUCCGGCAGUCCAGUUGGUCUGGUCUCACCCUAUCCUGGCUCAUAGUCACCUUUUCUCAGCUACAUUUCACUGUAAAGACUGCUAAACUUAACUGUCAUGUGACCGGCUGGCAGUCGCUUAAUUUUGUAGGAUAUCAUACAAAUUGUUGUACCAUGGGAAUGUGGUUACAGUGAGCAGGGAGGAAAUGUCGGGACACAUGCUACUUUCAGUUAGCAGUGAUGUUAAUUGUCACCUUUCGAUGCAGUUCUCCAGGUGUUCCUUGGGUAAACUGCAUCUCAGGAAGUCUGCUGACUCUUUAUUUUUUUAUAUAUGUACACUGAUAUUUGGAAAAACUUUACGUAAUCACUUGACCAGGAGCCAGACAAGUGAGUCCUCCUGAUAAAAAGCAGUGACUGGACCUAACAGUGGAGCUUCUGCUGAAUGGAAACACUCAAUACGGAUGAACGGAGGUUUUAUGGACAGAUAAACAGAGGUUUUACGGACAUACAGUAUAAACGGAGGUUUUACGGACAUAUAAAUGGAGGUUUUACAAACCGAAAAACGGAGGUUGUACACUGAAAAAGCGCAUGCAGCAGCACUGGACUGAUCUGGAGUCAGCUUCCUUUGUAAAAUAACAUGAAUAUUGUUGGUGUUAGUGUUGUGUAUAGAUGAUUAUGAUAGCUGUUUGUGUUCAUCUGUCCAUCUUUCCAUGGUUUAUUUUAACUCUUGGGUGAUAUUUUUUACUAAACUCAGCCCAAAACAAAGAAACACGAUGACUUCACUCAUUUUGGGCCCAAACCUGACAAAAAUGAUGACAUAAUAAACCAAUAAUUCAGUCGAUUUAUUCCUUAUUUAUUACAAACGGUCUGAACCAGACUGUCCACAGCGACAAACCAUUACAGCAUGGAGUUUUAUAAAACGCUUUAAUUUAUUCCUACAAUACCAUUUGUUGGUAGCAUUUUAAGUAUGUGUGUUGAUCUGUACUGUAUAUAACCAUAAAUGAUGCCUGCAUAUGGUCAUGUUUUCAUCCUCUCUCGCUCGUUGUCUCUCUCCCACAAUAACUUUGUUUUCACGUUGUUGAUGUUCCACAUCUGGUUUUAAUUAAUAUAAACCUUCUUGCAAAGAAAAUA